UUCUUGGAUUGGUUUAAAAGUGGGCGUCUGCGCACUGACGUUUCCUACUUCGUGACCUUCUUCAUCAUGGCGGCGAUCAGGAGUUGCAAGGGUCUUGUUGCCAUAGUGACAGGUGGAGCCUCUGGCCUGGGUAGGGCUACAGUGGAGAGGCUGGUGAAGCAAGGUGCAUCUGUGGUGAUCGCAGACCUGCCAACGUCAGAGGGGGAGUCUGUGGCUAACACCAUUGGUGGAAACUGUGUCUUCUCCCCAACAGAUGUGUCAAAGGAGGCAGAUGUGUUGGCAACAGUGGCCAAAGCCAAGUCAGAGUUUGGAAAGCUGAAUGCAGCCAUAAACUGUGCAGGAAUCGGGGUGGCCAUGAAAACAUACAACUUCAAGAAGAAUGCACCACACCCGCUGGAUGACUUCCAACGAGUCUUGACGGUGAACACAGUUGGAACAUUUAACGUAAUUCGACUGUCUGUGGCGGAGAUUGCUCAGAACGAACCAAACGAGGAUGGAGAGAGGGGGGUGAUCAUUAACACAGCCAGUGUGGCUGCCUUUGAGGGGCAGCAGGGACAGGUGGCAUACUCAGCGUCCAAGGGAGCCAUUGUAGGGAUGACCCUGCCAAUAGCACGAGACUUGGCUGACAAGGGCAUCAGAGUCAACACCAUUGCACCUGGCCUUUUCCUGACACCAUUAUUGAUGAGCCUGCCAGACAAAGUUCGGUCAUUCCUGGCCAAGAUGGUUCCGUACCCGCAGCGCCUGGGCCAUCCUGAUGAAUACGCACACCUCGUGCAGUCCAUCAUCGAGAACCCCAUGCUGAACGGGGAGGUCAUCAGGAUAGACGGCGCCAUCCGCAUGCCUCCAUAAUACUGGGUAUCAAUGUUCAAGCUUGUUAGAAUAGGUUAUGCAUUACAGUAGACUGCCUGUUGUGUUAGGUACAAACUACAGGGGGUAGUGAUAGUGCCCUACUCAAGUAGUGUCAUAGAGUGUUAGCAUUGAAGUAUGCUGUUGUGUCUUGCCAUCUGACGUUUAAAUUAAAAAUACGUGAUACAAGAUAAAAUGUGGUAUGAUAAUGAUGAUAAAUGUAACACCUUCUUUGCUGUGAUAUCUAGUACUAACAAGUAAACCUCUGUAAGCAACUGCUGCUGUUAGCUGUCAUGUAUGAUAUUGUAGGAAAAUUUGUGCUGUGGACUUUUGAUACAUAUGAUUUCACAUAGACCUCGGAAGUUACCAUAUAUUUUAGCAGUGGCAUUACAGAGCAAAGCUACCUGCCAGCCCAUCAGGAUAAGUGAAAGGUAGCACACAAAAUUUUCGUCAGACUACAAAUUAGUACAAUGGACAAAUAAAAUACCGGGUAUCUGUAGUACAACUUAAGUUAAGAGAAACACUGUUAAAGUGUACCCGAGUAAAUAAACAGGCCAUUGGUAUAA